UUCACUGCACAAUUGUGAGCUGGUUGCAUAAAAAAAAAUACAAAUCCAACGUUAAUUUGAGGCAAUAUCCCACAGAGAAGCCGGCAUAACAGAAUAAGUAAAAUCUAUUAAAAUCAUAAAUAUUGGGUGCUGAAAUCGAGAGAUAAAUUCUGCCAUAUACGAACGGACGGAUGCGGCCGACGUGAAAUAUUGGAUAUUGUCUAACCCGCCGAAAGUGUAAAUUAAUCACAACUCACUAUACGAAAUAUCAGAGAUCAUAUCGCAACGGAAUGAUACACAACCAGUUGGCAGCAUCACCCUAUCGGGAGAGGGAGCAGAUUUUCAACCCGAAUCAGCGCCAACAGCUGGAGGACAAUCGUCGAAUUAAACAACAGAUGCAGCAGUUGCAAAAAGAUAACAUUUCGCCCAGUCACCUGUACCAGCGCCAAGUCAAAACUCACACCGAUGUAGACUUGCUAGAUGAACAUGACUCAUUCUACAAAACAACCAAAAGUCUCUUGGUGCUGUUUCAGAUCAUGGGAGUGAUGCCAAUUAUGAGGAGUCCAAAGGGAGUCAACAUGCCCCGAACGACCUUUACCUGGUGCUCGAAAGCAUUCAUUUGGGCGUAUAUCAUCUACGCCUGUGAAACGGUCGUGGUCGUCCUGGUGGCACAGGAACGCAUCAAGAAGUUCAUCUCAAACAGUGACAAACGCUUCGAUGAAAUCAUAUACAACAUCAUAUUCAUGAGCAUUUUGGUGCCGCAUUUUCUGUUGCCGGUGGCCUCAUGGCGCAAUGGAUCCGAGGUAGCCAAAUUCAAAAACAUGUGGACAGACUAUCAGUACAAGUACCUGAUGGUCACCGGGAAGCCCAUCGUUUUCCCGAAAUUAUAUCCGAUCACUUGGGUGCUGUGUAUAGUUUCCUGGUCACUCAGCAUCGGGAUCAUUUUGUCCCAGUACUAUCUGCAGUCUGAUUUUCAAUUCAGUCACACAUUCGCCUACUAUCACAUCAUUGCAAUGCUGAAUGGAUUCUGUAGUUUAUGGUUCGUCAACUGCACGGCAUUCGGAACAGCAAGCAAAGCUUUCGCCAAAGAACUUUCUCUGCUUCUGACCAGUGAACGACCAGCCAGCAAAUUGACCGAAUACCGGCACUUAUGGGUGGAUCUCAGUCACAUGAUGCAACAGCUUGGGAAAGCAUAUUCAAACAUGUACGGAAUCUAUUGUUUGGUGAUUUUCUUUACCACCAUUAUCGCCACCUAUGGAUCGCUAAGCGAAAUCAUCGACCACGGAGCGACCUAUAAGGAGAUCGGUUUAUUCGUCAUUGUUUUCUACUGCAUGAGUUUGCUGUUCAUCAUCUGCAACGAGGCUCAUCAUGCCUCCAAAAGGGUUGGCCUAAAUUUCCAAGAACGCCUGCUGAACGUGAAUCUCACAGCGGUGGACAAAGCAACACAGAAAGAGGUGGAAAUGUUUCUAGUGGCAAUCGACAAAAACCCUCCGACGAUGAAUUUGGACGGAUAUGCCGACAUCAAUCGAGGACUAAUUUCCGCUGUAAUUGAUCAAUUGGAUCCAGCAUUUUCUAUUAUUUCAUUUUUGCCUUUUCAGAACAUAUCUUUCAUGGCAACUUAUCUGGUCGUACUGAUGCAGUUCAAGCUAACCCUACUAAGGCAAAGUGCAAAAAAGGCGCUGUUUUCCAUGCUGAAAGCCAACUUAACACGAAAUGAACUAAAUUAAAUAAUUCAGGAUAUUUCUAGCGAAUA